UUCUACACAAUGAGUUGAUGAGUAGGCUGCCUGUGUUGCCCGAUUAUGAACUGGGAAAAAUGACGGGCAGUCGUUCCACAUCCCCAGUUCUCUCUCUUUCUCUUCCUCCCUUUUGCCACUGCUAUAUCUUUUCUUCCCUCUCCAUUUCUCCUUGAUCACAAUCCGACGGUCCACAAUGAACGCUUAUCCUUUCGUUUGUUUCCUUUGCUUUUAGUGCUGCAAACCCUCGGAUCUAAUUUUGCUUAGCUCCAACGCUUAUUCUUUUGCUCUCUUCCUUUGCUUUUAGCUAUGCAAAUCCUCAGAUCUACUCUCUCAGCCAUCUGAUUUCCGUUCCUCAGUUUCUUUUUUUGUGCAGAUUUAUCUUUGGCCGUAGUGAAACAGAGAAGCUGACCUCAGUUCAAUGGCAGUUACGGUUAGUCACGUCGUGCUAACAUGCGCCGGUGAAACUCUAGCUACCAUCCUCUUUUCGACUCUUGCCAAAACCUACCUUUUAGCUCUGAACUCCUUCACAUUGAUGUUGGCUAACAAACUCGGAAUCGAGGACGACCAGUCUCAAAACCAGCCUAAGCCGAAGGAAACUGAUGGGGAAGAUGACGAUGAUAAAAAUGACGACGACAAUGGGGGCGAUGAGUUUGGAGAUGGUGAAGAGGAGCUGUCAUCGGAAGGUGGGGAAUACGGCAACAAUGGUAACAGCAACAAGAACAACCCGAAGAAGGGACCGGAAGGUGGCGCAGGUGGGGCAGAACAGAAUGGGGAAGAUGAAGACAAUGACAACGAAGAAGAUGGUGAAGACCCAGAGGACGAUGAUGAUGACAAUGACAAUGAUGAAGAUGACGACGAUGAUGGAGGUGAAGAGGAUGAAGAGGAUGUUGGAGUGGAAGACGAAGACGGGGAAGGGGGAGAGGAAGACGAAGACGAAGAAGAGGCUCUUCAGCCACCAAAGAAAAGGAAGAAAUAAAUUCUUAGUAGAUAAGUUGAAGCCUCCAUUUUAGGUAAACUUGUUCAUCUAACAUUAUGGUAUUUUAUUUAGGCGUGAAGGAGGAUGUUUAAGGUUAAUGUUUUUAUGCAUAUGUAUCACUUUCGUUUCUUUGCAUAAUUAGAGUACUGUUGGAACUA